CUUUAAUUUGUCCAACAGCAACAGCUAGUCGCUCGUUUCAGCAUUCCGUUUCUCUCUCUCUCUCUCUCUCUCUCUCUAAUGGCUCAGGAGAUUCGAUACUUCCAAUUGAAUACCGGAGCUAAAAUUCCGUCGGUCGGCCUUGGCACUUGGCAGUCCGAACCCGGCCUCGUCGGCCACGCUGUUGAAACAGCAAUCAAGAAUGGAUACCGUCACAUUGACUGUGCUCGAGCUUAUAACAAUGAGAAGGAGAUUGGGUUGGUUCUGAAGAAGCUGUUUGAUGAUGGAGUUGUAAAGAGGGAAGAUUUGUUUAUUACCUCUAAACUCUGGUCUAGAGACCAUGCUCCUGAAGAUGUACCUGUUGGACUGAACAAAACGCUGGAAGAAUUGCAGCUUGACUAUGUUGAUUUGUACCUCAUUCAUUGGCCAGUGCGGUUGAAGAAGGACUCUGUUGGCUUUGCUCCCGAAAACCUUAUACCUACUGAUAUUCCUGGCACAUGGAAGGCGAUGGAAGCGCUAUAUGAUUCUGGUAAGGCCAGAGCUAUUGGGGUUAGCAACUUCUCCGUGAAAAAGUUGGGUGAUCUGUUGGAUGUAGCCCGUAUUCCUCCUGCUGUCGAUCAAGUGGAAUGCCAUCCUUCAUGGCAGCAGGCCAAAUUGAGAGAAUUUUGUAAAUCCAAAGGAAUUCACUUAUCUGGAUAUUCACCGUUGGGUUCUCCUGGCACAUCGUGGCUCAAGAGCGAAGUGCUCCAGCACCCUGUUUUAGUUUCUAUUGCUAAAAAUCUAGGCAAGAGUCCUGCACAGAUUGCUUUGAGGUGGGGUUUGCAGAUGGGUCACAGUGUACUCCCAAAAAGCACUAAUGAAACAAGGAUCAAAGAGAAUUUUGACAUCUUUAGUUGGUCUAUACCGGAUGACUUAUUUUCCAAAUUCUCUGAAAUCGAGCAGGCAAGAUUGGUUAGAGGCACUUUUGCUGUCCACGAAACACUCAGCCAGUACAGAACAGUUGAAGAACUGUGGGACGGCGAGAUUUGAGUGAGCUCAGACAAAUUAAUGGGGUUGGUUGCUUAUCUGUGCUAAGACUUAUGAACUUAGUCAUGUUUUUUAAUCAGUCCAUAUGUUAUAUAUUUAGUGCAUGAAAUGUGAACUGUGCUUGUCCAAACGGCAGGAGACCUUAUAUAAGAACCUAUUGUUUUA